AUGGAGCAUUACUCGGAGUCAUCUGGAGGUGGACGGGCGAGGAGCAGGCUUCACGGUGGACUGAUCACCCGCUUUGCCUCGCUCAGUCUCGAUCCCAUUGGUGAGCUCAACGGUUUCUCGUUGAUCCCUUGCCCGGAUUGCCAUCUUGCUCGGGUGGUGGAGGGGCGGACCAAGAAGGACAGUGGGAAUCAUGGCCGUCUGUACUUCAAGUGUGCAAGGAAUGGGCAGUACUUUCAGCAGUUGAAGGAUCUCGGCAUCGUCAUUGUUCGACCAUCGAACUGGGCAGGGCUGGUGGAAGAAGAAGCUUCAAUGGGGAGUCCAGAUGGUGACAAGCAGAGGAAGGAAUUGGAGCACAAGCUGGAGAAACUGAUGUGUAAGAUGAACAUGUUCAUUGCUUGUGUUGUAUGUGUUGUCUUUGGGUGUAUAGUGAUGUAUGCUGUAAUAAAGUAA